GUGAGGUGAUGCUGAGGAAAAAGACCGGCCUUCUCCUGGAGAAGUUUCAAGCCUUGCGGACCUCUCCUGGAGAAGACAGCAGGACUUUGGUCAACCAGAAGAAGGAACUGGAGAAGAAGGUUUCUCAGCUCCAACAAAAGCUGGAGGAUGAGAUAAAGCAAAGGAUGAAGCAGGAGAUUUCACGGGAUCGUCCCACAGCCUCUGUGCAGAGACUGGAAAUCCAGCUGGAGGAGAGCGUGGAGGAAUGUAAGAAGCUGAAAGAGUUGUUGGAGAAGAAGAAAAGUGAGCUGAGCUCUAUGAACCAAGAGUUGAUAGAAGUUCGGAUGAGCAAAGAACAGGUGGAAACUAAAAUGAGGUCCCUGGAGGUGAAGCUGCAGGACACCAAGGAAGAGGUGACCAGGCAGCGGACUCAGGGGUGUGUCUGCAGACAAGAGCGCCCUGUUGAAGGAGCUUCAAGAGAUGCAAGAAGAGCUGGAUGACGUUCUGCAGAUCCGCUACAAGCAGGAGGAGCUGCUGAGGAUGAAGGAUCGCGAACUGACCGCCCUAAAGGGGGCGCUGAAAGACGAGGUGGCCAAUCAUGACAAGGAGAUGGAUCAAGUGCGUCAGCAGUACCAGAAGGACUUGCAGCAGCUGAGGAAAAACAUGGACAACGUGUCCCAGGAUCAGAUCAGCCUGGAGUCUGAGCGUCAGAAGAUCAAUCAGGUGGUGAGGAACCUACAGAGGGAGUUGGAGGAGAGCAGCGAGGAGAUCACCCAGUGGAAGGAGAUGUUCCAGAAGAACAAAGACGAACUUCGCAACUCAAAGCAGGAGGUCUUACAGCUCAAGACGGAGAAGGAAGAAUUCGAGGACGAGCUGAGUGAGAUGAAAGAUCGGUUUGCCCUCGUGCAGUCUGAGCUGGAGCGAGCCAAGAAGGGAUCUGUGGAGGCCGGAGAGGCGGAGUCUACCAAGAGGGAGCUGCAGCGUUCCCAAGAUGAGCUACGCCAGCUGUCCCAGGAGAGGCAGAGGGUGGAGGAGACUCUGCACCAGCGGGACAGGGAGCUGUCUGCCCUGAAGGGGGCGCUGAAAGACGAGGUGUCCGGACACGACCGCGAGGUGGAGACACUGCGAGAUCAGCACAGCCGUGAGCUACAGCAGACCAAGAAAAGCUAUGAAGAAAGGCUGAAGGAGUUGCAGAGUUUCCAAGAUCAGAUACAUCAGCUGUCUCAGGAAAAGCAGAGGGUGGAGGAGACUCUGUACCAACGAGACCGAGAGUUCUCCGCCCUGAAGGGGGCGAUGAAAGAUGAGGUGUCUGGACACGACCGCGAGACGGAAAAACUACGAGAUCAGUACAGCCGUGAGGUUCAGCAAACCAAGAGAGACUACGAUGAGCUCCUCAAGAUAAAUAAGAAACUGGAAGAUGAGAAGGCGGAGUUUGAGCGUGCGCGACAGAUCAUUGAGAACAAUCUGCAGGACGCGCGGGAGGUAAACGACGACCUUAGGAGACAGAUCCUGGGGCUGGAGCUCAGGUGAAGGAGUUGAAGACGUUCUGCGAUGACCUGCAGAGGGCCGAGGGUCGCUUUAAGGAUAAAAUGUCAAGACUGGAGACAGAGAAGAAGAGGAUGGAGGAAUCUCUGGGGCAAGCCACAGACCAAGAACAUGAAUUUGCCAUGACGAGACGGGAGCUGGAGAACCGUCUGGACGAGGCUCAGAGGAGCCUGAAAAGGCUGACGGUGGAGUACGACGAACUACAAGAGUGCUACCAGGAGGAGAUGAGGCAGAAGGAUCUACUGAAGAAGACCAAGAAUGAGCUGGAGGAGCAGAAGAGGCUGCUGGACAAAGCCAUGGACAAACUGACCCGAGAGCUGGACAGCAUGUCCAACGAGUCCCGCGGCUCCCUGCAGAUUCUGCAGACACAGCUGGAGGAGUACAAAGAGAAGUCUCGCAAGGAGGUCAGCGAGUCCCAGAGAGAGGCCAAGGAGAGAGCAGGCGAGGCAGAGAGACUACAGGUCAACCUCAGCCGGAUGCAGGAUGAGGUGCAGCGGCUGAAGCAAGCUCUGCAGGACAGUCAGGCUGAGCGGGAGAAAGCGGUGCUGGACAAGGAGCUGGUCAGCAGCCGGCUCCAGAAUCUGGAGCAGGACGUGGAGACCAAGAGACGCUCUCAGGACGACCGUUCCCGCCAGGUGAAAGUGCUGGAGGAUAAAUUUAAGCGGCUGGAGGCGGAGCUAGAUGAGGAGAGGAGCACGGUGGAACUGAUGACGGACCGGGUGAACCGCAGCCGAGACCAGAUGGAUCAGUUGAGGGCGGAGCUGAUGCAGGAGCGAACCAGUCGGCAGGACCUGGAGUGUGACAAGGUGUCCCUGGAAAGACAGAACAAAGAUUUGAAGAGCCGCCUGGCCAGCAUGGAAGGGCAGCAUAAGCCCAGCGCCAGCUUGUCUCAGCUGGAGUCCAAGUUGCAGGAGGUCCAGGACAGACUGCAGACUGAGGAGAGGGAGAAGAACACCAUACUGUCGUCCAACCGCAAGCUGGAGAGGAAGCUGAAGGAACUGAACAUCCAACUGGAAGAUGAAAGACUCCAAGUCAAUGACCAGAAAGAUCAGCUCAACUUGCGGGUGAAGGCUCUGAAGAGGCAGGUGGAUGAGGCCGAGGAGGAGAUCGAACGCCUGGAAGGGAUGAAGAAGAAAGCCGUGCGAGAACUGGAGGAACAGCAUGAGAUGAACGAACAGUUACAGGCCCGGCUCAAAUCAUUGGAGAAAGAGACGCGGCGGAAGCCAGUCCGUCCCACCGCCGACGACGACUUGAGUUCCGACGGCGAAUUUGACGGCAAGUACGACCCGACUUCUAUCACCUCGCUGCUGACGGAGAGCAACCUGCAGACCAGCUCCUGCUGA